AUGGUUGAAGUUCUUGGCCCGCGGGUUUUAAUUGCGGAUCUGGAGCAUUUCCAGCGACUGAAGACUCUAUUCAUCAAGGACUGUAGGGACAUCACGACUCUUCCCGUAUCUCUCCGCCUGCCUGCACUCUCUGAACUUACCCUUGACAUGGGACAAAUUUCAGUGCUCCCUGAAGAUUUCGGGCAGUUGUCUACACUUCGGAGACUCGUGCUAAAUCUGCGAAGUCUCACAGCCUUACCUGAUUCCAUCGCCCGGGUUACCACUCUUCAAGAGAUUUCCCUCGAUCAUCUUCUGAAUCUGAGACAUCUGCCGCAGGAGUUUGGUCAGCUGGUGCUUUUAGAGAAGCUGUAUCUGAAAGACCUCCAACAGCUCACGCACCUGCCUGAAACAUUCGGGCAGUUAAUAGCUCUUCGGGAGCUGAAAUUGUUGGAGUGUAGGCAGCUGCAGCAGCUUCCCGACUCCGUGUCCCAGCUGUCUUCUCUCGAGCACCUGGAGAUUAACGAUUGUCCGUGCCUCACAGUGCUGCCAGACAACAUGGGGAAGGGUCUCCGUUCCUUGCGCCAUCUGCUUCUAUUGGAGUGCACGGUUCUCACCCACCUCCCCCCAUCCUUCUCCUGCCUGACAUCUCUUGAAACGCUCAAGAUUGUACACGCGAAACGCGUCAGGGGCGCGCUGCUGGACGGAUUUGGCUGCUUGAAGAGCCUCAAGGAGCUGUCGCUUGAUUCUAUGCUACGCUUAUCCUCCCUUCCUGCUUCAUUCUCUGGCGUUGAUUCCCUCACCAGGCUGGAAGUGGGAAAAUUCCCUAAAGUAACGGUCCUGCCAGAGGGAAUCGGACGGCUGGCAGCGCUCAAGGAGGUUAGGAUCUUUAAGAUGAGCGGCCUGAUAUGUCUCCCUCCGGCGCUCUUUGAGCUGCCCUGUCUGCUGGCGUUGGACGUGCGGAGGUGUGGUUCGCUAAGUGGGGUGCUAGGGGAUUCUUUUGGUCCAUUCCUCGGCUGUCUGUUCUCUCUGACGCAGUUGAAGCUGCUGGAAAUGUACAAACUUGAACUUCUCCCUGACUCCAUCUCCCAACUCUCGCAGCUGCAAAGGCUCAAGAUUGAUGCGGCCUACCAUCUCAAAGCACUGCCCGAGACCCUUGGGGGGCUUGCAGGGCUGCGUACCUUGCAGCUGGUUAGCCUCAUCUCGAUGCGGCAGCUGCCCGAGUCUCUCGGGCAGCUGAAGAUGCUCGAGACGCUGGAGAUUAUCGAUUAUUCGUUCACUCGGCUGCCUAAGCUUGAGAAGCUGGAGGUGAUCAUAUGCAAGAAGCUGACUCGGCUGCCCACCUCUCUCCGGAAAAUGCCAACAUUGCGUGAGUGCAAUAUCAGCGAAUGCCCUCUGCUCUCCCGCCGAGACAAGAGACAGGAGGAUGAAGGAGAGGAGGGCGAGGGGGAGGAGGAAGAGGAGGGUGGAGAUGCGGAAGAGGAAGAGGGGGAGGAGGGAGGCGAUGUGGCUGGGGAAAGAGAAGAGGCGGGCGGGGAGGCACCAGAGGACGAGGAGAGUGGGGCUGAAGAUGAUGAUAUUGAGCAUGAGUAUGCCGUGGACAGUGACUAUGAUGACGACAUUGGCAGUUGCUGGGGGGGUAGUGAUGAUGAUGACUAG